AUGUUCAAACCUUUUGCGAUGGAAGAUGAAAACGACGAUUCUUACAUGUCAGCUGACUCUCGCGACUUCAGGUCUUCAGUUUUUCUCCAGUUAAUAGAAAAUUGGUAGUUUGUAGUAACCGAAUGGCAAAUAUAUUUUCUGCACUCGAUGAAGACACAAAAAAGGAAAGUCCACUGCAAAACGAAGGGAGAGAGACGAAAAAGGCUGCACCUAUUUUUACUUCAACAGUGUUUUAUGCUCUAAAAAGCACAGAAAAUCCGCCGAUGAAAGUCGGACUUGCUCUUGUCAACAAAGAGGCAAAAGUAGAGAAAUCUUAAAAAAAAAAGAAGAAUUAAGUUUCUUAGGGUGUCGCGCUUCUGUACGACAGCUCGAAGAAGGUGAUAGAAAGCAUCAGAAUAGAAGAGAGCGGCCUGACUGUUCAUCAAUCGACCCUCAAAUGCGAAUUGGCUGCAGAUCUAGAAGCGGGAGUGGACAAGAAGAAUGUCUAUGAACUAACUUUCAUCGAUUCUCCGGAUUUCAUUCGCUUUGUUGUUACGGUGAGCAAGAAUCGGUUUCAAUAUGGCUAGAACUUGCGUCUAGGUGUUUUUCCUAACUAAUUCUGAAUGUUACGUUCUGAAUGAAGGUUCGGGGAGAUCCAUCGGCGAAGGCUGCUCGGUUCUAUACGACACUGUCGAGUAUUCCAUUGAUCAUAAUGGCUGCCUGAAGGUAUUUUUUGCAUUCUCGAAUCUAACCAUCAAAAAGUAGUUCAGCCGCCAAUCAAACAGGUAGACCAGAAGUGCAAGAUCAGUGAGACUAGUGAAAAAACUCUUCCGAUGUUUAUUCGCAAUAGAAUGAAAAACUCGUCUUUUCUGCAACGCCUGAACUCGUCGAAUGCGAUUUUGAUAAACAUCAAGAAAGUGAAGUUCCCUAUAGAUCAGAAGCCCGAGGCUCUCGAAGUUUCUCAAAAUAUUCCGGAAGUCGAAGAGAGAACGGAGGUGACAGAAGAGGCCUCCGAAAAAGUUUGGUAGUCUACGCAUGGCUUGAAUAUCAAUCCACUUUGUAGAAAGAUGAAGAAAUAGACACGGAAUUGAAGGCGCGAAUAAGCCGAAUCGGUAGAAAUGUUCUUCCAGGACUUUCGAUGUCUUCUGCUAUACCCUCUCAAGAAGAAUCGCAAAGUAAUUCAACUUAUUAUUUUUUCAUUCAAAGGAGAUCUCUUUUAGCUUCGCUGACAAGUUCCCACGAGCCAUCAGUACCUAGGGACGAUGAUUUAGCAGUUCCCACGAAGACGGAUAAAGCCCCGGAACCAAAGCCUCGCAGUACGACACGCGAAGUUGGUUUUUCUUCUCUUCUAGGAAAUGAGAUACGUUGCAGGAUUUGCGAUGUUCGUUACUCGAUGUUCACGAGACUUUUCAUCGAAUUAUUGGUGUCGAAAUCGAUCGGUUGGAAAACAGGCUAGAGUCAAGGAUACAGCAAUUACUGGCGCCGCUACAGAAAGAAGUGAGAUUUUCUAGAAGCCUCUUGCAUCAAAUAAUAUUCAGGUGGAAUCGAUAAAAUCUACGCAACAGCAAAUCCUCGAAAAGAUGGACCAACUCAUCAAGCAACAUUCCUAA